GUUGGCGCCAUCGCCGCGCACACAGCCUCGGCCGUCAUCGCCCGCCACGGGCCCCAGCUCGACCCCUCAGACGCACGUAGGGUGGUGCUGGCCGCCGCGCGCGCCGCCGUCGCGGACGCCUCGGCUCCGACUGCGGGCGUCAAGGGGGCCGCGGUCGGCGGCAGUGGUGGUGGCUGCUCCCUGAUGAGCGUCCUGGAGGCGAGGGCGCUGCUGGGGGCUGAGGAGCGGGCAGCGGCCGGGGGCCCUGACACCGAGAAAGGGACGGAGCCGUCGAGGUAG